AUCCAGAAGAUUGAUGGCAGCAGCAUUCCAUUUCUUUGCUUUACUUAGGCAUUGCGCUUCAUAAGAGAACAUACCUACCUGCCCAUAUGAAAACCAUCUCCAUACCUAGAAAGAAUCAUCACUUCAAUCUCCAGGAACUCAACUCGAGGGAGGAUUCUUCUUCUACUUAUACCUUCUUAAACACGGCCAAAAGUUCCAUGGAACGAUUAGUUGCGAUAAGGACCCGAGUAUAUUUUUGCAUAUCACUUUAACGUAGGAAGGACAGAGAUAAGAAACAACUCUGCUUACAGCUUCAAAAAGGUCAAUGGUCUAGGGUAGCAUUCCCUCAGAAUUGGCAGCGAGAAAGGAUAGGUCCGCGCGUGUGUUCUCCGUAAAUACUUAUCGGAUCGGAUAAGCCUUGUCUACCGGCUACUAGGGACCCGCAGCGCACCACCCAUCAACGGAUUUGAUACGGAUAACGUCGAGGGGAUAAGCUGAGGAUCGUGCCCCUCUCUCGCGCUGGAUGGCUGACGUACGGGAUGCGGGUCGCAUUGAUGGAGGAUCGUCGUCCUCGUUGAAUAAUGUCAAGAUCAAACCGGAGAGUAAUGUGACGACUGAUCGGGAGAGCUCGACGUCGAAUAAAAGAUCGAGGAGUAGCAGAGAUGCCGCUGCGAUUAAGAGAAGGUGUGUUUCAACAGCUUGUGUCGCAUGUAGGAAGCGCAAAUCCAAAUGCGAUGGAAACACACCAAGUUGCGCAGCUUGCUCAAGUGUAUAUGGGACUGAAUGUGUAUACGAUCCCUUAUCAGACCAUAGAAGAAAAGGCGUAUAUAAAGAAAAGAUCGAUAGUCUGAAGACUCGCAAUUCUACUCUACAAACAUUGAUACAAGCGAUAUUGAAUGCCGCCGAAGAAGAUGUGCCAAAUCUGGUCCGCCAAAUUCGGACGUGUGAAAGUCUCGAUGAUGUAGCAGAAAACAUUCUGAAACAAGAUCAAGCCUUCGAAGACGAUGAUGAUGAUAUGGACGAUAACAUGGCAUGUACGUCAUCUAGUUUGCCGACUUUCGAGACCCAAUUAUCGGGGAAGAUGGGUGAAUUGAGGUUAGAAAAUGGUUCGGUAAGGUUCUUGGGAGGCACCUCGAAUUUAAUUUAUCUCGAUGCAGCGAGUGUUGAACAUGGGGACGCUUUGGAAACGACUCAACAAGAUGAACCUCUCCUGUCAUGGACUACAGUUACAAGUGAUACAGAGGUCAUCGUCCAUUUGAUUAAUAUGUAUUUUACAUGGCAUUAUCCAUAUUUUACGACAUUGAGUAAAACGCUGUUUUACAAAGACUUCCUUUUGGGAAAACCUCCAGUGACUCCAAAAAGAACAAUGUACUGUUCAUCAUUAUUGGUUAAUGCUAUGCUGGCUCUGGGGUGUCAUUUUACAAACUCUCCCCAAGCCUGUGCAGAUCCAGGUGACACCGCUACUAAAGGUGAUCAUUAUUUCGCGGAAGCGAAAAGACUAUUCAUUGAGAAUGAAGAGUUUGAGAAACCGAGAUUGACUACCAUACAAGCUCUCUGUUUGAUGUCAGUUCGUGAGGCAGGUGCAGGCCGAGAAGGAAAAGGUUGGGUCUACUCUGGAAUGGCAUUCCGAAUGGCUCAAGAUAUGGGACUCAACCUGGAUUCCGGAAUCAACAAAAACAGCCCAAAGGAAUUUCCCGUUGAUGAAGAUGAAAUCGAUGUUAGAAGAGUCACAUUUUGGGGCUGCUUUCUCUUCGACAAAUGUUUUUCGAAUUACUUAGGAAGACUUCCUCUGUUAUCGGUGACUGACAUCACCGUCCCAAAAUAUGACGUUAAGAAAUUCGAUGACGAUGAGAUCUGGUCACCUUACACAGAUAAUGGAAUUGGUCAAUUACACUCCCAACCAUCAAGGACAAGAGCUGUAGCUUUACAGAUUUCGAGUCUUUGUGAGAUUAGUAGUGAUCUUCUCACAUUUUUUUACCAUCCACAAAAUGUUGAAAGGGGUGUUGGAAGAUCACAGGAGCUAAAGAAGCUUAGCGAAUUACAAACAAGACUCGAGGCUUGGAAAAGAGAUUUACCUAAGGAAUUUGAACCAAAGGAAGGACAAUUACCCAACGUCCUUCUUAUGCACAUGUUUUUCCAUCUUUUAUACAUCCAUCUAUUUCGGCCGUUCCUCAAGUACAAUCCAAGUACAUCGCCUUUACCGACACAUGUAUCUCCUCGAAAACUUUGCACACAAGCUGCUGGGUCGAUAUCCAAGUUAAUGCGUCUUUACAAGCGUAUAUAUGGACUUCGUCAAAUCUGCAAUAUUGCAGUUUAUAUUGUUCACUCUGCUUGUACAAUUCAUCUUCUGAAUCUUCCAGAAAAGACAGCGAAGAGAGAUAUAUUUCACGGUGUGAAACAUCUCGAGGAAAUUGCCGAUGAUUGGCUCUGUGCACGCCGCACUCUUUCAAUUCUCUCUGUUCUGGCUCGAAAAUGGAAUAUCGAUCUUCCUACAGAAGCGUCUGCUGUAUUCUCUCGUACUGAUAGCAGGUUUGGGUAUUUCUCGACAGCCGAUGUUCCAUCGCCGAAAGCAGAAAUAAUAGCGACUACACCAUCAUCAUCAUCAUCACCUACUCAUUUCCAGACUCCUGUGCAUUCUCAACCGCUCCUUGCAAGAAGUCAAACCCAGUUACAACAGAGUUUGUACAGCUAUCCUCUCGAUUCAGAAGUUCCACUCACGCAGAAUUUGAUAAGCGAUCUAUCAGUGCAGUCUUCGCUGCCCAGACUCCAAAAUGUUGUCUCGCCACCAUCUGAUCAUACAGAUUCCAUCUCAUAUUCUACGACAACAAAUCCCCUUCAUAUGUCACCUGUCUCUGCGUAUCCCCUCUCUCGUACAAUUUACACCAACCCGGCUCAAUCUUUCGCUCCUAGUAUCGCAAAUGCUACUUCUACGGCUAAUAAUAGCUCAUUGACUAGUGGGAAUAGAAGUGCAAAUAGAAAUGUUAGCCCUAGUACACUGUUCGGUGGGGUAGAGCAGUUAGUUCAAAGCCAGGAUUGGUGGUUGCGAGAUCAAGCGAGCUUGGUAGUUGGGUUUGAGAAUUGGAUGGGUGGAGGUGUUGGUAUCGGUACGGGGCAUAGUCAUAGCUUGAGUGGUGAUCUAGGUACCGGGACUGGCAACCCAUUUUAUGAUAAUGGCAACCCCAAUCCUGGGAACGGAGGUGGUAAUACAGGUGCAGGGGGUGGUGGGGGCGCUAAUAGAGGGUUUAGGGAUGACGACUGGUUCUCAUAGUUGCUAUGGGUGUUUUGAUAUAAUACGACAUGAUAUAAUACGAUGAUACUUGGAUGGAGUUGAGAAGGGAUUCUGUUGGGCUUAGACGGGAGGGUUAGGGUUAUGAUGAUCAAUGAUCAAGGUCGGGGCGGAAACAGGAGCCUGGCAUGAGUUCAGCUUGGGAGUUUUUUGGGAUACCUGUGUUCUUGUCACAGUGGAAUAUUUUGACUUUAAUAAGAUGAGAAUUGUAUGUACCAAUGAUUCAUUAUAUAUAGAUAUGUUUUCGGGAUGAUAUGGUAUGGCUUGGAAAAGAUGGAGCUUGUUAGUACAGAUAACGUAUCUGGAGUAGAAAAUAACAUUUCGUAUUCCAU